UCUUUAAAGGCGCUCGCUGAUCGGGUGGCCGGGGCUGGGGAGGCGGCGGCGGGAGCUGCCUCCUCUCCGGGCGGCGGCGCUGACUGAUCUACCGAAUUGGGCUUCUGUGUAAACUGAGGCUAAACAAACACAGAUGGAGCGCAGCGGGCGUUCUCCAGAAAUGCUGGCACGGCGGCAGCGACUUCAGAUGACACUCUGAGCGCUCCGGGAACGGACAGCCCGGCGGCUUCGCGGAGCCGGCGGCGCAGCUGCCCCGGACGAGGGGGAGAAAGGGAGGGAGGGAGGGAGGGAGCGAGCAGGGGGAGAGCUGGAGACUCCGAGGCGCUGAGCGCCGCGGCCGCCCGGGCAGAGCCGGCGCGCAGCGUGUAGAGCGAGCGCGGCGGGCGCGCUUCCCGGGCAGCCCCACGCCCCUGCCUUGCGCGCUGCCCGCGCCAUGAAGCACAUCCCGGUUCUCGAGGACGGGCCGUGGAAGACCGUGUGCGUGAAGGAGCUGAACGGCCUCAAGAAGCUCAAGAGGAAAGGCAAGGAGCCGGCGCGGCGCGCGAACGGCUAUAAAACUUUCCGAUUGGACUUGGAAGCGCCCGAGCACGGCGCCGCCGCCACCAACGGGCUGCGGGACAGGACCCAGCGGCUGCAGCCGGUCCCGGCCCCGGUGCCAGCCCGGGUGGCGCCGGCCGUUCCCUCAGGUGGGGGCGCGGACACGGCCGGGGAGCGCGGGGGCGCCCGGGCUCCGGAGGUCUUGGACGCGCGGAAACGCGGCUUCGCCCUGGGCGCAGUGGGGCCGGGACUCCCCACGCCGCCGCCACCGCCGCCGCCUCCAGCGCCCCAGGGCCAGGUACCUGGGGGUCCCGAGGCACAGCCUUUCCGGGAGCCUGGCCUACGUCCCCGCAUCUUGCUGUGCGCACCGCCAGCACGCCCCACGCCGUCGGCGGCCCCUGCUCCCCCGGAGCCCUCAGUGCGCCCGGCCCCCCCCACGCGCCCUGGGGAAAGUUCUUACUCGUCAAUUUCACACGUAAUUUACAAUAACCACCCGGAUUCCUCCGCGUCGCCUAGGAAACGGCCGGGCGAAGCUACAGCCGCCUCCUCCGAGAUCAAAGCCCUGCAGCAGACCCGGAGGCUCCUGGCGAACGCCAGGGAGCGGACGAGGGUGCACACCAUCAGCGCAGCCUUCGAGGCGCUCAGGAAGCAGGUGCCAUGUUACUCAUAUGGGCAGAAGCUGUCCAAGCUGGCCAUCCUGAGGAUCGCCUGUAACUACAUCCUGUCCCUGGCGCGGCUGGCCGACCUCGACUACAGUGCCGACCAUAGCAACCUCAGCUUCUCCGAGUGUGUGCAGCGCUGCACCCGCACCCUGCAGGCCGAGGGCCGUGCCAAGAAACGCAAGGAGUGACCGGCCAUGGGCUCGUCCAAGGACGCUGCUGUGGGCCCUCUUUCCAGUCAAGCUUGAGGAGAAGGUGAGCUCGCCAAGUCCAGCCUUGUCGUCCUCUCUAAGUUGUCACCGGAUGCUCAGACCACCACCUCUCAGGACAGGAGCUUGCCUGCCCCCCUCUCGCCCUCCCCCCUCAACCACUCCAUAGUGACUUUGCACUUUGCUCUCUGCCUGGUGGGACGGGGAGAGCAAAGCCUUCCCCUUGCCCGGGCCUGAGGCCCACCGUCUGGCUGCAGAAAUUCAUUGCCAAAGAUUCGACAGAGACACUGAACAAAAUGGGGUGAGAAGACCCCAUAGUGAAAAGCCACACUGUUGCUCUAUGAUGUUUGCUCCUCCUGUUGCCUGGGUCCCAUCUCACGCCAAAGAACGAGUCAGCAGUUCCACUAGGAACUCGUGGAAAGGAUGGACGUUUGGUGACUGUUGGAAGCGCUUGACCCUCUGACCCGGAACUCCCUUUCUACAGCUGGGCCCCGAGCUGGCUGGACGCAGAUAAGCCUUCUGGGGGCUGUGAUAGGGAGGCUGGGGGCGCCUGUGGGGGAGUGAGAUCUGAGAUCCCGGCCCCCCUCUCCUUCCCGCUGGCUGCCCAGGCCUCUGACCCUGAUUUUCCCAUGUUCCCUGGGCCCAGGCUCCUUCUUGGGUCCUCAGCAUCAUGAGAAAUGAAUGGUGGGGUGGGGGCAAAUACUGACCACCCAUGCCUCACCCCAGGGACCUGCCCCAGGGUGACCCCCAGCCGGUCCAGCCAGCCACUCCUUGCCGGGGGCCCGCCCUCCUGACUGGGCACACUAGAUGGCGCCCUGGCUGGGGGCCGGCGGUCUGUGAUGGUUGUGCAGGGGGGCAGAGGGGAGGAAGGGACCAGGGGAAUGGGCCAGUAUGUGGGGAGGCGGGCAUGUUCAAAGUCAAGGCCUGUUCCUUCCUUGUGCUCACAGGGCCAAAGCUGUUCACAUCUGUGCUCAACCAUCUGCUUCAAAUUGAAGUAAAAGCCCCAACA